AUGUCAGAUAAAGACGCGGCUACACCGCGACUGUUUCUCAUUCGUCACGGUGAAACGGAAUGGUCUCGGAAUGGGCGGUUCACGGGGAUCACCGACCUUCCUCUUCUCCCCGAAGGCGAAGACAAGGUCCGCCAAACAGCCAAGGUGGUGUUCGGUGCUGGACGCUUGAUCGACCCGAGCAAAGUCGCCCACAUUGUAUGCAGCCCGAGACAGCGCGCGCAACGGACGCUUCAACUAUUCCUAGACCAGGUUCAAGAACCCAGCUGGCGCGCCGCGCUUACGGAGAAGGUGCACACGACCGAAGACAUCGCCGAAUGGGGCUACGGGGACUACGAAGGUCUUCUGCAGCACCAGAUCGAGGAACUUCGCAAGUCUAGAGGCCUGGACAGAGAACGGCCCUGGGAUAUCUGGCGGGACGGCUGCGAGGGUCCUGGAGGCCACACUCCACCCCAGGUCACGGAGCGACUCGACCGGCUGAUUUCGCAGAUCACGUCAAUCCACCGGCAAGGACUGCAGCAGGGUGACCGCAACUGCGACGCCGUGGUCGUCGCCCAUGGCCACAUCCUCCGCGCCUUUGUGAAGAGGUGGCUGAAGCUCGACUUGGGCACACACUUGGAGAUGAUGCUUGAGCCCGGUGGAGUCUGCGGGCUGAGUUAUGCGCACGGAGAUAUCGAGGCCCGAGCGGUGCUCGUGGGCAUGAGUUUCCCGGGCUCUACAUGA